CAAUUACAUCAGCAUGUCAAUAAACCUAAUCACAAAAUUGAAGAAACUUUUUGAAGUCAAGCUCUGGAGGAAAGGAAAAGUUUUGCAAUUUUGAAUAUCGGUUUUCAUUAAUCCACCGCAACACGGGAAGUGUUGAACUACUUCAAGUUUUUCGUGGUCUGUUCGAGAUUUAUAGACGAGUCAUUUAGAUAUUUGUGAAGCGGGGAAACGGGAGGACCCCGCCCAACUUUGCGCCGUCGUUCGUCCAACCAGCGAACGACGAUGAAACUCCCCACAUAUCUUUCUUGUGUCGUUUCCGCUCGAAUGCCUUUCAAGAAAAGGCCUUAAAUCAGAUGAUGCGAUCAGUCGACAUCAAGAAGUGCCCGGACUCAGUUGAUGAAAUCUUGAGAUCCCUAGGCAGACUUUGAACUGCACCAUGAUCCAACUUUUUCUUAUUGGAGCAUUAACGCUCAUGGUGACAGCCUCGCCCCAAAGUUACCUCCGAAGCGAUGAUGGUCGCGAGUAUCGUGACAAUUACGGUUACUACCGCUACAUCCAAGGCAUCAAAUUGUACGUGGAAUGUCAUGACCGUUACUACGACGCUCGCAAAGAUGACUGCGGUGCAGGGUCAUUUCGAUCUCGCACGGGAGAUGAGUAUGACAUCAAAUACGACGCCCUUCGAUUCGAUGGCUCAGGCAAAUAUCGGAUCCAAGGCCGACUAAGGAACAUUAGAUACGGAGGUACUAAAGAUAUGUAUCGAUUCUAUCGUGAAAGAUACGAAACUGGCUCCGGUUCCACUUGUCCGUACUCAAAUUAUGAGAGUGAUGCUUUAACCGGAGUUCUUUCGGCACUCACCCAUCCCACUACCUCGUCCUAUCCAUCCGAACCCGAUCCAGCUGACAACGAUGCCGUGAUCAUAUCGGCCAAAUCCCAAAUCAGACGAGCACGGAUUCUGGUGCCGGGACAAACAUUAACCACAUCUCUCAAUGUCAAGGGCCAAAAUAAACCGGGGAGUUCUGUGGCCUUUCCCACGGCCAAUUCCACGGAUAAUGAGAUAUCACACCAAAAGAUCCGAACCAAGCGAUAUCUCCGUACCUAUUACCCCACUGACACCCGGAGGUAUUACGAUUAUCGGGAUCGAUAUCCCGACGAUUAUAAUCGGCGAAGAUAUGACACAACACGUGGAGUCAGUGAAUGUUCCGGCCGCGAAAAAUGCGAAUGGGAAGCUGAGCUGGUUUGCAACCUGGACGAUCAUCUGAACUCUGUUCGGUAUUUGUACACCAGACGACCGGCCGUUAAGUGGACGCGGGUUUUCGAUUCGCAUUACCCCAGAGGUCGAUACAACGACAUAUACGACUAUUUCGGGUCCAGGGCUUACUUGAAAAAUGACGGAGAAACACUCAUUAUUACGAAGGUUUAUCCCGAGGAUAAAGGCACGUACAUUUGCGAGUAUGACGACAGUUUGGAUGAUCGCUACAGAAGUACUGUCCGUGGUCGAAAGAUCCGCAAAGAAGUACGGUUUUACCCCAGAUAUCCAGAUUUUCAAGGAUGCUAGCUAGUAGGAUCAUAUCAUCAACUGCUUACAGUUUACAAGUUUUUUAUGACAUUCAUUCAAUGAUUCCAAUAAACAAAUCUUACCUAAGAA